ACGCCAAAGCAAGCCCACACACCACAAGAGCUCAAAGUAUACUAGCCCUAUCGAUGGCGUUUCCGGCGGCGAGCGGAGCAGCCCCACCGGCGCCGCUGCCGGUGGUGGGGCAUCAGUUCUGCGCGCCGUACGUGGUGCCGCUGACCGUGACCAAGAAGGCCCUCAGCAUCUCCGACGGGGACUUCGCCAUCACUGACGCCAACGGCGCCCUCGUGCUCAAAGUCAAGGGAUCCAUCUUCAGCAUGCGCCACCGCCGCGUCCUCCUCGACGCCGCCGGCCAGCCCAUCCUGUCCAUGCAAGAGAAGGUAUUCAGUAUGCACAACAGAUGGGAAGUGUUCAGAGGGGACAGCUCAAGCGCAAGCGAUCUGCUCUUUAGCGUGAAGAAAUCUUCGUUGAUCCAAUUCAAGACAGAGAUGGAUGUCUUCUUGGCUGGCAACACCGCGCAGCAGGUGUGCGACUUCAAGAUCAAGGGCAACUACUUCGACAGGUCCUGCGCCUUCUAUCUUGGCGACUCCACCACAAUGGUAGCCCAAAUGAACCGCAAGUUCACUAUUUCGAAUGUGCUGCUCGACAGGGACACAUUUGUGGUUACCGUGUUUCCGCAUGUCGACUACGUGUUCAUCGCGACUCUUGUUGUGAUCCUGGAUGAGGUUCACAGGGAGAAAUACGAUGGAUGAGCGAGAUUGUACACUAAGCUUCCUCUGAGCUCU